GUGCCAAGCUUCUCCUUGUCUUUGAGCAGAGACCAAGCGGCUGAGAGGCGGACGAUAACAGCAUCCAUUGCUGUUAUUCAGCCUUCACGCAUCUCAAUGCACCGCAUGCAUACACACACACAAGUGAUCGUGCCUACUGCUUCUUGCAAAGCAGGGAGGCAACACUUUUAAGAACUAUAUAUAUGGUGUGUUUUUUCCGAGAAACACUUUUCUUAAACACUUAGCCUCCGUCAGCUUCCAUCAUGGUGCUCGGCAAGGUGAAGAGCUUCACGGUGAGCUACGACUGUCUUAAUGACAGCAACGUGCCCGUCUUCUCCAGCGGGGACUGCGUCUCAGGGAGGGUAGUCGUCGAAGUCACCGGCGAGAUCCGAGUCAAGUCUCUUAAGAUCCACGCCAAGGGCUUUGCCAAAGUUCGCUGGACGGAGUCGAGGAACGCUGGUUCCAACACCGCCUAUACGCAGAACUACACCGAGGAAGUGGAAUAUCUCAACCAUAAAGACGUUUUAAUUGGACACGAAAGAGACGAUGACAAUUCAGAAGAAGGACUCACCACUAUCCAUUCAGGAAGACACGAGUAUGCAUUCAGCCUGGAGCUUCCACAGACACCUUUGGCUACCUCUUUCGAAGGGAAGCAUGGCAGCGUACGCUAUUGGGUCAAGGCAGAACUCCACAGGCCGUGGCUCCUGCCCAUCAAGACCAAGAAGGAAUUUACAGUCUUUGAGCACAUUGACAUCAACACUCCAUUACUGCUGUCACCACAGGCCGGCACAAAGGACAAGACACUUUGCUGUUGGUUCUGCACCUCAGGUCCAAUUUCCCUAAGUGCCAAAAUUGAAAGGAAGGGAUACACCCCAGGAGAGUCAAUCCAGAUCUUUGCAGAGAUCGAGAACUGCUCCUCUCGCAUGGUAGUGCCAAAGGCCGCCAUCUACCAGACACAGACUUUCUAUGCCAAAGGGAAGAUGAAGGAAGUCAAGCAGCUGGUGGCCAACCUGAGAGGGGAGUCCCUGUCCUCGGGAAAGACCGAGACCUGGAGUGGAAAAAUGCUCAAGAUUCCGCCCGUGUCACCCUCCAUUCUGGACUGCAGUAUCAUCAGAGUAGAAUAUUCCCUCAUGGUGUAUGUGGACAUACCCGGGGCAAUUAACCUUUCCCUGAACCUGCCACUAGUCAUCGGAACCAUCCCCCUCCAUCCUUUCGGCUCACGCACUUCCAGUGUGAGCAGCCAGUGCAGCAUGAGCUGGCUGGGUAUGGGUCUGCCCGAGAGGCCUGAAGCUCCUCCGAGCUAUGCAGAAAUUGUGACAGAAGAGCAGAGGCAGAGCAGUCUGGAUGUGCCAGCAGCCCGCGAGGAUCUGGAUGGGCCUUUGUUUGCCUACAUCCAUGAGUUCCGCUUCCAGCCGCCUCCUCUCUACUCAGAGAUCGAUCCUAAUCCAGAUCAAGCCGGCCGUCCAGAAGUCCACAGACCUGAUUCCUGUCCAUCACGCUGAGGGAGGUCCUAAAAAUUCCCCUUGCUGACUCGGGGAACCCAAAGAAACAUGCACGCUACAUGACUCGACGUUGUUCAUUCUUCUCCAAAACGGUGUUGUUGACAACAAGAGAAAGUGGAAGGAUACAACCAACCAAUCAAGCAACAAAGACUUGCUCAUAAAUGCUGAGUUGGGAUUGGACAAGUCUGUCCAAGCCUUCCCUCGGUGACACUGAGGGGAAGUCGCUAGUUUGGCGGAUGGCUUCCUUCCUGAGGGUGGGGUGUGUUAAAGACAGUUUCCUUCUAUAUGGUGAGAUCCCAGGAAGAGUUUGAACCUGUGGCACAUAUAAGGACACAAGGCUCCACCCACCAUGUCCAGACUGCAUCGAAACCUCCCAAGAUCUUUGACGCCGUGGUCCUCCUCGCUGAGAGCACCAUCAAACAGAGCAAAGACUACGUCCUCCUGCCUCAUUUUGGGAUUUUUGUUUUGCACAUUUUUGGUUCUUUACUUGACUCGAGUGGCUCUGUUUAACUUGGCUUGGUUUUUCCAGACUGUGCUUUUUGGCAGAACUUUGGAGAGCAGGAGAUGCAGGACUGAUAAAGACAAAAACGAUGCACUGAUUUUUUUUUUCUUAUAUGCUGUUUAUUUUUCUUAUGACAUUUCCUGAGUGACUUACGACGACUGGACUUUUUUACGACGACAUCAAAAAAGACCGCAGCACACUUUUGUCUACCUAGAAGCUCUUUUAUGAUGUUGCCUCCUCUGUUUGGAUCCAAUAUAACUUCCCUUCUUUUUUUUUGUCCAAUCAUAGAUUUAUUUUGUGUGUGUGUGUGUGUGUGUGGAGACAGCUCUAGAUUUGGAGCAGGGGUUUUUGCAGGCCACCUUUUGCUACUAGACUAGACUACAGAGGAUUUUUCCUCACUACUGGUGCCUGCAGCCCCUGUUUUCCUAAUCUCUUACUUCCCAAAAAGCACUGUUCCAUGUGGUAAACAGUGUAAGAAAUAGUGGAAAUAAUUGCACUGUUUAAAAACAACAAAGAUUUCCCAUCUGUUUCAAACUUACCAAACUAAGAAAAGACCUGCAGAUGAGCGAGGCAGCUUUUCUGUAGACACAUUCCCCUAUUGUCCUGCUGCAUCUGCUCUGCUCAUCUAAACAUUUCUAUCAGACCAGUGAUGCCAGGAUGCUUAAAAAAACCCAGCAAACCGCUUUUUGUGCAGACUGGUCAGAACAAGUAGUGUUAGGUUGACAUGAGUACUACAUUGGUUUUCUCACUCAUUCAACACAAUAGACCAGCUGCAGUAAAAAUGGGUUUGUCAGGAAAUAGGAUGUGUAGCACUUUUUUAUUUAAAGAAAGAAAAAAAAGCAUCAGAUGGUGAAGGUCUGACAAAAAAAAUGGUACUAAUGUUAUAUUUCAGCAAAGCAGUGUUGUGUAGGAUAUGAAUGCAUUAUUUAAUCUUGAAAGAUUAGUUUACAUGAUGUGUGUAUGGAGAUCCACUGGGCAACUAAAAUUAAAGCAGGAUGCUUCUGACUACAAGUGACAAACUGCGGGUCAUUCAAGUGAUCUGAUCUUUGUGGCCUUGACACAGAUAAGACUUUUUUUUCUGCCUCUACAUCCUCUAAACCCUUUUCUUUGACCUGUAUGAAUCUUUCCAUAGAAAAGGACAAAAAGGGAAAAGUCCCCCAGAGAUCGUAAUUGUUUUUCUUAAAGUAUAUUAUUUCUUUUCCACUUAUAACAGGGCAUUGGUGUAGUUUGCCUCUCAGUUUAAUAAGCAGGCUGUUGAUCAGCCCUCCUCUGAGGAAUAUUUACGUCAUUAACACAGAGGACUAACUGCCUUUUUCCGACAUCUUUUUUUCUCUUAAUGUCUUGUAUUUGUUUUAAUGCUCUGUUGCUUCAUGAUGAUGAAUAAGCUGACAUAUUUGCUUCAGGUUGGGCGAUUCCACGAGUCCAUUGGCUGGAGUAAGUCCAACAAAAACAAGCUAAGAAAAAGCAGGAACUGAAAUGUUCAGAGGAAGACUUAUGGCAAUGACGCCUGAAACAUUUUAGAAAAGAUCAUUUUAGAAAACAAUGUGCAAUAUCACUUGCUGAAUUUUCUUCAUUCUCCAUUUCCGUGUUUGUUUGUUUCCUUCCAUUAAUCACGGCGAUGUAUAGAUAUUCUAUGAAUAUGCUAUGUUCAGAAUGAUUUCAUCUUUUGUCUAGUUAUUCCUUUUUUUUGAUUUGAAUAAACAUUUUGUUCUCAAUGACCA